AUGUUUUCUUUUCAUUACAACAAACUACCAAACUCUCUUGUUUUUACAGUUCAUUCUCUCAUCCUACCUGAAGAAUACAACGAGUCAUUUCAAGUGAAAUGGCAACGUGGCGACAAAUAUGGAGAAACUAAUAUGAUUUUUCCAGCCAAAGACAAUGUAGUUCCGUUUGAAAAACGAUUUAUGGUGAAUGCAACUAUGUACGUAUCUAAAAAAGAUGGACAGGUUCGAGAAAAACUGAUCACUUUUAAAGUCUGGCGUAUUUUCCCUGAUUCAACAGAAAAACUUUUUGGCAAAAUCACUAUCAACUUCUCUAAAUUCUACGGAAUAACAAAUCCGAUGGCUGGAACAUUUACAUUAGAAUCUCCACACAGAAAGAAGUCACAAAUCGUAAUUACAUUUCGACUAAUGCAAGUACAGAAGGGAAUGACAGAUAUGUCUGGCCAUGCAUUAUCAGAUGCCUCUUUGACAACAAUAUCCGAAACAAUGAGCCUUAAAACAGAUAACACAAACGUUUGGGAUGUAUCAGAAGUUGUCAACAAUGAUGAUAAGCACAUUCUCGAGGAUUUCAUGGCCACUCAACACAGAGAUAAGACGAAAGAAUCCGAUUCAGGUUUAUCUGCCUUUGCAAUUCAAAGCAAAGAGCGUGUACAGACUCGAAUGCGACACGGAUCAGUCAUACAUCGCAACCAUAUGCCUCCAAAGAACAAAGUUCCUGAGAAAUCAGUAGAUAUUUUAUCAGAUUACUUAAAAUCGAAACAAACGAGCGAACCAAAGAAAGACUCCGAAGAACCAUCGCAUCUCGAGCCAGAUUCAAUCAAUACAACUACAAAAGUCUACUUAACAAUGCCUGCAUCUCGAAAUUUGAUGCGUGCAGCGCUAUCUCAUACAUGGCAUGAGUCUCCAAUCAAAGAGGCACCAUUCCCAAAGAUAUCCGCUGUACUAUACUCAACAAUCGAGGCUUCCCAGAUUCUGGAAAAGCUGCCUUUCUCGGAAAAUGGCUAUACAUCGUUUACAAAGCGAUUUAUCGAACUCAUCGAAGAUGGAAUCAUCAUAAAGAACUCCACAAAGCUCGAUUUGUUCGUCGCCAUUGUUCAUUUGGCCGCAUUACUUCCAAAAAUCUCUGACGCGCUUCCAAAUAGACUUUUCGACUUCACUGCAAGACUUAAUGAACUUGCAGAGCGUCUCCUUCUCAUGGAAGCGGACAAACAGUCGGAGAUUUUAUCUUCUGUUGCAACAUCUCUCGAAAACACGCCGGAACUGUUCGAAACAGUUGUACAGUCAUUCUCAGAGGGAUAUGCACAGCUGAAAGCUCGUGGAAACGCUUUCUCAGACUUAGUAUCGAAUUAUUCCGUGAAACAAUUCGAUAAAAAACUGGCGUUGAAGAUCAUAAACAAUCCAGCCGUGUGUACAUUUAAGAACGCCAUAUCUUGGAGCAGCUUCUGCACCAGAAUUUUCGAAGAAAACAACAUCGAAUUACCUUUUUUGAAGGAAGUAUCGCAGGUUUUGAUGAUGAGCAGCUCUUUAUGCGAUGACCCGAAGAUACAUAGAGACAUAGCACCUGAUUUGUCGCUUGCCUGCGUUUUCGAGCUGUUGAAAAAUCAGAGAUCUGAUGAAUUUAUGCCGAUAAUUAACGAUACAAAGAAAUUCGAACAAAUGUACGAAACAGAAGUCAAAGAUCUCCUGGACCUCAGAAUUUGCUUCAGCGCAAAAUCUCUCGUUGAGAAAAUUAACACUGAAGGGUGGGAGAGACAAACUGUCACCGUGGAUGAGUCUGUGGAAUUUCCAUUCACUCGUGUGCACUUCAAUGUCGAAUAA